UGCACCUGGCAAAAACAAGCAGAAGCACCGUGAAAUGAAGACUGAUAUUGCAGCAAAAGACUUCUUCCUAGAAGUCAUGCCAGUGUUGCUGUUGCUGGCUUUGGUGUGCCCAACCAUGGCCUCUUCUACACCAGUGUCAGCAGAGGAAUCAUGCGGGCCAGAGGUUACAGCUCUCAAACGCAGCAUAAGGAAACUGGAGAAUAAACUUUUGAUCGGGACUUGGCAGGUUGAGCACUUGCAAAUGCACUUCCGGCCAUUUCAACCUGCUUUAUCUAAUACUAAACCUGAAACUGACGCACCUCCCAGUGUAAACCACAACAGCAGUGGGACAUUAGACAAUCAUGAUCUGACAGUGAUGAAAUCACUUCCACCAGCAGGCAGUUUGAUUGUCCACGACAGAGACUGUUCUGAGCUGUUUGACAGACUGAGAUCACCAAGCGGUUUCUACCGCAUCAGACCCAAAUUACACCAGGAGCCCUUUUUGGUUUACUGUGACAUGGAGGAUGGAGGAGGAUGGACAGUGUUUCAGAAACGUCGGCAUGGAAAAGUUGAUUUCAACAGAGACUGGGUGGACUACAGAGAUGGCUUUGGUGACUUCAAACUGUGGAAUGAUGAGUUUUGGUUGGGGAAUGAGCACAUGUAUUCGCUUCUUUCAGAAGGUAAGAACUUGGUGAAGAUUGAUCUAAUGGACUGGGAUGGCCAGAGAAGUUAUUCAUUUUAUGAGAACUUCAGGAUCACUGAUGAGGCUAACAAGUACCGUCUCCAGUAUGGGCUGUAUAGUGGGCGAGCUGGAGAUGCUCUGACUGGUGGUGGGAUGGUAGAGCAGUGGUCUGCUUGCCUCAGCGGAAUGCAGUUCAGCACCAGAGAUCAGGACAAUGACCGCUACCUUCAGGGCAACUGUGCUCAGGAAAAUAAGGCAGGUUGGUGGUUCAACAGAUGUCAUGCAGCCAACCUAAAUGGGAAGUUUUACCGCACAGGGAAGUACAAGGGCCAGUACGACAAUGGUGUGGUGUGGGGAACAUGGAAAGGCCUUUGGUAUUCCCUCAGACACACCACUAUGAAGGUGCGGCCUCUGGUUUUCUUGGACAACAUGGGCAGUGGAGCAGGGGGAAUUUAAAAACACCAGGCCCCACAUUCCUGUGUGUGAUUCACAGUGAAAAGAAUGCGGGCAAAGACUGAUGUCAUGUUUUAAAUUCUUUGUAUUCAAAUUUCUGCCUUUGCUUCAUCAUUUGAAACUAUUAUCUAAUGUUGAUAUUACAGUAUCUUCUAUUUUCCAGUAAGCAAUGCUUUCUAUGAAGUGUAUAUUACUCAAACAAUAAACCAAACAGCAUCUUA